AUGGCGCGGUGCGCUCGCGCCCUGCCCGCGGUCUUCUUGCAGAUAAAUCUAUUGCUCAUGAUGUACGCGGGCGCGGGGCUGGCGACGGCAGCGCGGCUGAAGUGGGACCCCAGCACGUACAUCGCGUUGCGCGAAGUGCUGCCUAACGAGUACCGCGUCGCUGCCGUGCUGCUGGUGGUGGGCAGUGUGGUGCUUCUGUUGCAGGGUCAUCUGGCGUUGCUCGCGCUGUACGCUCGGCGCGCGCGCUUUCUGCUGCUUCUCACGUACGCGGUGCUGAUGGCGUGCGCGGUGGGCGGCGAGACUGCGUUUGCGUGGUGGACAGGUACGCGCGUGGCAGCCUGGGCCCGCUCGGCGCAGGCGCACGAGCUGCGGCGCGCGCUGCAGCUGCGCGAGCAUCUGCUGCCGCUGCUGCAGCACCUCGCGACCUGGCACCCGCUGCCGCAGCACAUCCACGACAUCAUCAAGGAGGCGGAGGCGGACGUGCCUCGCAACUCGUACGUGGCGCUGGCGGCGGUCGCCUUGCUGGCGCUGCUGCAGCCCGUCGGCGCCGCGCUCGCGCUGCUGCUCGCCGCACGCGCGCGGCUGUCAGCGCCCGGCGCCAACUACUCAGACGAGAGCGAGACGCGGCCGCUGCGCACCGUGUACAAGAACGGACGUCUCGUGAUGCUGUAA